AUGAAAAAUCCAUCAUACCGAUAUCCCAGAACAUCAAGUUUACACAGAACAAUUUUAUGCUUAAUAUGUCUUCUUACAAUUGUGGGUCAUGCACAGGGAUUCAGGAUUUUAAAGAAAUCUCAUUACAUAGUAAAAAAAUCCUCAGCGUAUUCGGGUAUAACUAUUAGAGAUGACAAUGGACCAACGGUAAACCAAGCGGCAAUACCGUUUCCGCACGUAUUUGAAGAAAUAUAUCCCGAAGAUUACUUGGACUUUUUAGUUCUUGGGGAUUGGGGAUACCAGGCGAAAGGAGUUGGAGAGAAAAAAGGUGAUCAAGUCCACGUCGCUUCUGCCAUGGAAAACAUGACUCAAGAGUAUGGAACGCAGUUUAUAAUUAAUGUUGGGGAUAGCUUUUACAAAAGUCACCGAGAUGAUUAUCAAGGAGUCAACAGUGUUGACGACAAUAAAUGGAAAACGGUUUGGUCAGACGUUUAUCACGGAAGAUUGGCAGAAAUACCCUGGUACAGCGUUGCAGGAAACCACGAUUGGUAUAAUAAUGUAACGGCGGAAGUUGAUUAUUUUUGGACUAAAAAUCAUAGAUUCUUUCUCCCUGCAUUAUUCUACGUACGUCACUCCUACUUUGGACCCCAAAGGAUAAAGGUCACGUGGAUACACAUAGAUACCAACAUAUUUUAUUAUGAUUACGGAUAUUUAGAUGACAGGAAUUCACUCAAAAGCAACUUUCGUGCCUUUGAAAUGGACAAACCAGGAAUGAUUACUGAUAGGUUGAAGUGGAUUGAAGAGAAAUUAGAAGAAAAUCAAGAUUCCAAGUGGAUUUUCGUUGUUGGACACCACCCGCUAAUUGGAUCAUGUGCAAGUAAACAUUUAAUGUCCCGCCUUCCACUGCUAUUCAAAAUAUAUGGAGUUACAGCCUAUUUCUCGGGUCAUAGCCAUACACUGGAAUACCAAUCGUCAAAGCUUUCAUCACCAACUACCUAUUUUACUUCGGGAAGUGGUAGUAGAUUCGGUUCUGGGUGUGAUGGCAAAGAUUGGGGUGUGCCAUCUGGGACUCUGGGAUUUUUACAUGUGAGAAUCAAUGGCAAUAGUAGUAAAUUAGAUUUUCAAUAUGUGAAUGCUACAACAUACGAGUCAGAAAUUCUACAUCAAGGAACGGUUGAUGCCAUACCUUUUAUAUAUCCAAAGGAAUAUUAA